AUGGAUCCCGAAGAAAAAUAAUUAAUUGGUUCAAUACUAAGUGAUGAAAGCGAAGUGUAAAUGUACGAAAGGAAAUAGCCUCGAAAAAAGAGUAAAUUAUCACUGAACGCCAAAGAGUUUUAACCUACUUUGAUUAAUUCCAUUGAAUAAAUUGAAAUUCUUGGAGAAAAUUAUGGGAAUGACACUAUGACUUACAAUUCUACAAACUCUUAACCUUAUAUAAUUAACGAAAGACAAAAAGAGAAGAAACCCUCUAUAAAAAUUCAUCAUGAUUUGAAGUAACUAUAAUUUUCCCCUAAAAAACACUAAACUAUGCAACCUAUAACGGAAGUUUAAACCUUCUUUUUGACAUUUAAUAGCCAUCCUACUCUGUAAGAAGAUAAUUAAGUUCAGCUAUAAUUGAGGCAGGAUGAUUAUCAAUUUAGAGUGAGUCUGGAAUAAAUAUGUGGGAAUUAGAAUGCGUCAAGAAACCUUCAAAAGAUUUUCGACAAUGGUACUCCAUUAUAAAGAGGAAUGAUCUUCGAGACGAUUGAAAAAAAUUUAAUUAAGACAUCAAAAGAUUUAUUUGGAAAUUAUUUGGUUUAAAAAGUGUAUUUGUCAGGUGAAAAAUAGUGGAAGUUCAGUUUAUUUUAUCAAUUGAAAGGUCAUUUUGUUGAAUUAUCGAAGAAUCAAUAUGCUUCAAGAGUGAUCAAUAGAAUGAUAGAAUUUUUAAAAGAUGAAGACUAUCAUUUUUAAACCGAAUUUAUGGAUGAGAUAAAAUACUAAGUCCGUCAGCUAAUAAAUGACAACAAUGGUUGUUUUGUAUUGUUGAGUUGUUUGGAGAAUUUUGACUACAAACUCUGUGAGUACAUGAAGAAACACAUAGAGUAAUCAGUGUAUUCGAUGUCUUAACACACAUAUGGAUGCCGGAUUAUAUAAUUUAUGCUGUAGAAGCAACACAAUUAAUCAUUAUUGGAUUAAAUUAUGGAUGUGUCAUAAUAGCUCUGUAUAUGUGAGUUUGGUAACUACAUAAUCUAGUUCAUAUUGAAGAGUAAUUUUAAAUAGCAGAAAAUGGAACUGUUCAGGAUUAUUAAGAGUAACUUCCAAACACUAUCUUACAACAAAUACGGGAGCAACGUCGUUGAAGUUUUCCUCGAAGUCAUCGAAUAGGAAGACAUAAAGUUUGUUACCAAUAUUAUGUUGACUGCAGAUCAGGAGAGCAAUUAUUUGUUUGUUGCUUUUGCUACUCAUCCUUUUGGGAAUUAUGUCUUCAAAAAAUACUUAUAGUUAGAUUAGCAAUGUAUCCUUCCAGUUCUUGGGAUAAUGAAGAGACAUCCUGAAUUACUAUAAUAAAUCAAUACUUCUGAGUAUGGAUAGAAGAUAUUCUCGGUUGUAGAAAGAUCCAUUCAAUUUGUAUGA